AUGGUGUCAUCGUUACCAGACUUUCCACAGUCUUCCUCAGUGACUGACAGAGAUCAUCAUCACAACAACAGCAAGGACCCCGGAAACGAUUACUGCUCAACCGCCCUUUUGAUGUUGUCCAACCGGGACCUCGGGGCUUUUACCUACAUCGCUUGCGGCAAAGCCCCCAUUACCGAUGCUUACAUGGCCUAUGCGACCGACGCAAUCAUUACCUAUGUACCCACCAACACCCAAGGUAUCAGCACUUCCACAACAGGAGCCCCUACAUCCACUUCCAGUCUCGCCUCGCAGACUGCCGCCGCCAUAGCAUCUUCAUCUUCAUUGACAAGCACAGCCCCAUCUGCUUCCGGACCAGCAGAACCAAACGGCGGCUCAGACAGCAAUAACAACCUCGGCGCCAUUGUCGGCGGAGUGGUAGGCUCGCUCGCAGUCCUCUGCGGCUCCGUCGUUGCAAUCGUUUGGCUACUGAGGAGGAACCGCAAGGAGAAAGCCCUUGCUAUGUCAUCUCCAUCGUCAACGGUAGAGAGGGACAUGGUGGAUCAAACCGGUAGCAGCGAUGCUUCCGUGUUGAAUGAGAUCAAGUACCCGGAUGUGUACGGCUCGGAACGGGGGUUGGGCGCCCCGACGUAUGCGGUGCAAGAGUUGGAGCCGACAGAGUAUAGAGGGUGGAAACCACCGCAGGAGCUGUCGAGUAUGAGGUCUCCUAGGGAGUUGUCGAAUACGUGGGUGGAGAGUAUGCCGGUGGAGUUGCCGGCUGGGUCGUUUCACUGGAAAGGUGGAAGUGGGCAUGGGAAUGUGAUAUGACGGGUGUACUUGUUUGGUCGUGGGGGGAAUGGUGCUUGGAGUGAUCAAUGAGGGGACUUUUGGAUCAUUGACGGUUAUAUUUCUAACAUUCUUGACUUUGGGGACGAGGUUUGGAGAACUUGGGAGGCGAGAUUAUAGGCCCGCUGCAGCAUGAUACCAGGCGUUAGAGUUA